AUGGAGGAGUUAGCAAGAAAGAAAAGAGUACGAGCAGGUCAUCGCGGUUACCUGACGAAAGUUGUGGCGUCGGCAGCAGGCUUAGUCGACGCAUUCGAUGAACGAAGAAAGAAUGACGCGGAAGAGCAACGCGACAAAAUCUUGGAGACAGUCGCUAUGCUCCAAAAACUGAAUGAAGACAUCCUUAACUUGAUUGCUGGGGACGAAGAAGCGUCAGAACUUGACAUUGUCAGCGAAGUCGAGGAAGCUGGAAGAAUAAGUUCUGAAGCAAAGUCGAUGGCGAGGAAGCUUCGCCAAAAGAUUGACGGCAAUUGCGCUUCGGAAAAUAGAAUGAACAGUUCGUUAAGGUCUGACGGAGGAGCGUCGGUGACCAAUAGAACAGUUUGCGCAAAAUUGCCAAAGCUGCACGUUAAGCGGUUCAAUGGAAAUGUUUGCGAAUGGCAGGAGUUUUGGGAUUCCUUCGAAAGCGCCAUUCACGGAAAUGGAAGUUUGUCCGACGUUGACAAAUUCAAUUAUCUUCGGGGACUCUUAGGCGAACCAGCGAAGUCAUGUAUCGCGGGAUAUUCUUUGACUUCGGCGAACUACAACGCUGCAAUAGACGCGUUGAAGGAACGCUAUGGGAAGCCAGAAUCGGUCCAACGAGCGCACAUGCAAAACUUUUGA